AUGAAGAAGUUCGGCUUUGGCAAGAAGGGCGAGGAGGGCGAAGACGCCAACCGAGGCGCCCUCUUUGGCCGCAAGAAGUCGUCAUCCUCGCAGUCCGACAACCCAUAUGCCAAGGGAGGAAACGACCCGUACGCCGAUCCCAACUACCAGAAGAUGACUCCUUAUCAGAAGGCCAAGGCCGGCGUUGAACAUGGCGCACCGCCCGGAGGCCCGGCUGGUGGCAGCUCGUACGGUGGACAGCCUGCCCAGCCUUCGGGCUACAGCGCCAGCCAAUACGGAUCAGGGGGUGGCUACGGGUCCAACCGCUACGAGAAGAGCCCAGCCCAGGACCCAUACAGCUCGCCAGCUCCCGGGGCUAGAGGCCCCGGAGGGUACGGCGGCCUGGGCCGUCUGGACAGCGAGACCGACGACAACCGUGACGCGCUCUUUGCGGGGGCGCAGCAGCGUCAGGCGCAGAGGCCCGACCAAGGAGCUCCGCCGCCAGCAUACUCGCAGAGCGGCAGUGGCACGGCCGCCGAAGCGGGCGGUUACGAAGGCUAUGGGGAACAGCGCGAGCUGACGGCUGAGGAGGAGGAAGAGCAGGAGUACCAGGCCAUCCUUGCGGAGAAGCGCAAGUUGCAGCAGGAAAGUGCAGGAUCGGUGAACCGGUCGGUGCAGAUGGCCAGGCAGGCCAACGAGGUCGCUCAGGCGACGCUGGCCCGUCUGGGCGCCCAGGGCGAGCGCCUUCAGAAUACGGAGCAGCACCUCAACAUGGCGGCGAACCAGAACAAGAUUGCGCAGGACAGGGCCGCCGAGCUCAAGACACUCAACCGCAGUAUGUGGGCCGUCCACGUCAGCAACCCGUUCACAUCCAAGCAGCGUCAGCAGAGGGCCGAUGAUGAGGUGAUGGCACGCCACCGCGCUGAGCGCGCCCAGCGUGAGGAGACGCGCCGCGAUGCCUACCAGGCCAACCAGCGCAUGGAGGGUAACUUCAAGGAGCUCAACCAGACGACCGCUCAAAUGCAGCGCCAGAGGACGGGCAAAAAGGACUACGGCAAGUUCAACCUUGACGACGAGGACGACGAGGCCCGCGAGCUCGAGGACCAGAUUGACGAGGGCAUCGAUGAGCUCGGCAACCAGGUCCGCAUGAUGAACAUGGUUGGCCGUGCCAUCGGUAGAGAGGUCGACGCCCAGAACUCACAGAUUGAGCGCAUCUCUGCUAAGAGCGACGCUGUCGACGACCAGACGAGAAUGAACAGGGAGCGCCUCGCCCGUAUCAAAUAG